AUGUCUCAAACCCAAGUUCAAGUUGAAAAGCCAACUGCUAUCUUACAAACCGCCAUCAAGAAACUCCCAGUGGUUCUCUCCGGUAAGGGCGUCCACGUCACCGUGAGAGAUCCAGAGACCGGUGAGGUCAGGGAGAUGUUGGACGGUAACUCUGGUGCUGCUGUCUCCUCUGUAGGUCAUGGUGACCCGGAGAUUCAAACUCUGAUGAAGGAUGCCGUUGAUAAGCUUGUCUACAACUUCCCAUUGCUCACAUGUAACGAGCCAUCAGAACAACUCGCUCAAUUCCUUAUUGACGAGUCUAAUGGUGCCUUUGAGGCCGCCACCUUUACCGGUUCUGGCUCUGAAUCUAACGAGAACGCGCUCAAGAUUGUAAGAAAGUUCCACAUCGAGAAUGGCGAUUUGAAGAGAAUCAAAUUCAUCUCUAGAAAGCAAUCCUACCACGGUUUCACCAUCGGUGCUUUGUCCAUCUCUGACAACGUUAGAAAGUUGGAGUUCUCUGAUAUCUUGAUGCCAGAAAACAUCACCCCAAAGACCACACAAUGCUACCCAUACCGUAACAUGAAGGAAGGUGAGACACUUGAACAGUACAAGGACCGUUUGUUGCAAGACUUGGAGGACAUCUUCAUCAAGGAAGGCCCAGACACCAUUGCUGCGUUCAUUGCUGAGACCGUUACCGGAUCUACCUUUGGUUGUUCAUUGCCAAUUCCAGGCUAUCUCGACGGUUGUCGUGACAUUUGUCACAAGUAUGGUGCUGUCUUCUAUUUGGAUGAGGUUAUGUGUGGUAUGGGCCGUAUGGGUUCUCUCCACGCCUGGCAACAAUUCAUGACCGGUCCAGGUCCAGAUAUCCAAACAAAUGGUAAGACUCUUGGUGCUGGUUAUGUUACUAUCGCAUCUAUCCUCGUUGGUCCACGUAUCAUGAAGGUUUUCCAUGAAAAGAAGUCAGCCAUUGCCGGCGCACAGACGUACCACUCCCAUGGUUUCAAUUGUCAAGUUGCCCUAGACAUCCAAAAGAAAGUUAAAAGGGAAAACAUGAUUGCAAACAUCAAGGAACAAGGUGCUCAUUUUGGUGAACAACUUAAGCUCAAGCUCAAGGACUCCAAGACUGUUGGUGAUGUGAGAGGUGCUGGUGGUUUCUGGGCAAUCGAAUUUGUCAAGGACAAGACGACCAAGGAGCCAUUCCCAACAAGCGUUGCAUACGGUGCCAAGUUCUCAAAGACCUUGUACAAGAACGGUCUCUUCACCCUUCCAGGUAGCGGUACCAUUGAUGGUAUCAACGGUGACCAUGCCUUGUUCUCCCCAGCUUACUCGAUCACCAGAGAGGAGACUGACAAGAUGAUUGACAUCAUCGUUAAGACAGUGGCUGAAUUGGAGGCUGAAUUGUAA